CCUUCCACGCUCAGCGCAAAGGGGUGCGAGGGUCAGAGGCUGCCACAUUCAUUCGCCUUGCUAGUUACUUCGCAUUUUCUCGCAUUUUCACGCAUCUUCUCGCAUUUUCUCGCAUUUUCACUUUGGAAAUAUCUCUUAGAAUGGCGUCUGUCUCGCUCGCCCUUGAUUGCCGCGCUGUGCUGGGCGAGUCGCCCGUCUGCAACGCACGUGGCGACGUCUGGUUCGUCGACAUCAACGGUCGCAAGAUCCUGGGCUACGACAGCGUGGCGAGCCGUGCGAUUCGUGAAGAGGCCAUUGCGACGCCGCAGCUCGUCGGAUGCGUCGCACCGCGUGCGUCGGGAGGCCUUAUAGCGGCGAUGGAGGACUGUAUAGUAGCCGUGGACACGAGUGAUGGGUGGGUCACAGACACUCUUCUGCAAAUGCCAUCGCAAUACAUCGGCCCUAAGAUACGGUUCAACGAUGGCAAGUGUGACCCCUCUGGUCGGUUCUGGGCCGGCACCAUGCACGCCUCGUGGCGAGACCCCUCCGCUCCUGCUGGCCACCUCUUCUGCUUCUCCCCUGCUGCUGCUGCUGCUCCUGGUGCUGGUGCUGCUGGUGCUGGGGAGGCGGGGCAGGGGGAGGGGUUGGGAGUGGAGGUGAAGGUGGAGGGGACGCAGCUGUCCAACGGGCUCGCGUGGUCUGGGGACGGCUCACGGCUCUUCUUCAUUGACUCGGCGCUCAGAACUGUUGACUGUUUUGACUACGACGCAGCCACGGCAGGGAUCAGCAACCGCCGCACUGUGGUCACUUUCGGACAGGACGAGCCAGGCGUGCCUGACGGCAUGGCGAUAGACGCGGGGGGCCACCUGUGGGUGGUGGUGGGGGAGAGCGGCAGUGUGAGGCAGAUGGACGCCGAGACAGGCAAGGAGAUCACUAGGGUGGGCCUUCCCGUGGUGCGACCUACCUCCUGCGCCUUUGGAGGCAAAGACCUCUCAGAGCUGUAUGUGACAACACGAGAAGAGCCAGGGACAAAUCCAUCAGCAAACGCAGGGGGUCUCUUCAAGUGCCUCGUGCCUGGAGUCAAGGGCUUGUCAUUUGCUGAUGCCUUCUGUGGUUGAUGGGAUGGGAUGGGAGCACAACCAUCUCAGCAUUAGCAGCAACAGCAGAUUGGGUUGGCAACGUGUAGGUAGCAGCAGCUGCAGCCGUUGUAAAAAGCAACGGGUGCCAUCAUGCCAUGCCAUGCCAUGACAUGACAUGAUCAGCAGCAUGCAUGCAUUCGCUCAUCAGGUGCCUCAGAAGGGUGACUAUCAAAGUGAAUGAAUAGAUUAGAAUACGAGGACACCAGGAUAUAUAGCCUAGGGUGUUGUACUCUCUAUGGUCUGACCCUAUGUAGUCUACAAAACAUACACAUGUUUGACACACCCCCUGGACUAGAUAGGGGCAGUGCCUGGGGAGACAAGCAGCUCAGGGUGGCACUACUAGUCCAACCUUUGAGGCAGGGUCCUAAAUAGCAGACUUUUUUUUGUCUGAUUGUCUGAUUUUCAGACUGGUUUUAGGGGUUUCUCUGAUUUUUCAGACAGGGGCUUUCAAAAACUCUGAUUGGACU